AUUCUGAAAGGAUUGUCUACUUCAUGGUGGAUUCUGAAAACAAGAACAAACGUUAUAGGAUCGAUACUGGACGCUUAACUGAAGAUGAAACACUAGAGAUAGUACGCUCUAGACUUCAAAUAAUCCUUGAGACCGAAGUCGAAAUUCAAAUUGAUCUUGGCAAAUUCAUGUCAGGAAACCCAAUGAAAUUUACAGAAGGAAUUGAAUGUGAUGAGUCUCAACGGAUUAUAGAUUUAAUUAAGAAAUAUUCUUGUGCUACUACUAAAAGUUCUAUGUUACUUCAAAAACGACAUAUUAAGAUAAUCCGUGAUCCUCGUGACUUUUGGGAAAAUAAUAAAGCUUUACAAGCGUUAAUGAAACAUUUUGGAAAGAUUAUGAGUUUACCAAUCGAAAAGAGGAGAAGAGCUUUGAUUCAUUUAGAAAUAUGUCUCUGUAACAUCUCAGCUGAAGAGUCAUCAAAAGCUCGAGAGAAAGUUUUAUCACUAAGAGAAGAACUAAGACGCACGAUUGAUUUAGCGAAUAAGAAUGAAGAUAAAGUGAAUUCGUAUAGAGAGCAAAUUAAUUAUGCUUUUGAACAAAUAGAUAACAAAAAUUUGG